CAGCCACCGACGGCCAUAGCGCCUCACUCCAAUUUGUGUGCCUGGCCUCGAAUUUCCCUCCCACGGCUCACGAGGUUUCCUAGAUAAGUUGACCAAAUUCCAUCGUUUCCGUCUACACUUGCCUCAAUUCUUCGUCAAACCAGCGCUGCUUUCGGUCUCUCGUUCAUGAAACUUCUGUUUAACUUCUAUCGAAAUCUUCCACACUCGCUUCCACCUAUACAAUCUAAUACACCAAUCAUAAUGUCUCCAAUUCUCUCAGCCCUCUUCUUCGCGGCCUCCGUGACUGCUCAAAUAACAACUUCUAUGUGGAUGCCCGGAGGCAACGACGACGAAGUCGGCUUCUACGGCUCUGUAGUUGCCGCAGACAACAACGGAAAAACCACACUCGCAAUCAUGUACGACAACGACACCGAUCCAAGCUACUACAGCCACUACAAAAACAACCCGCAAACUGUUACGAUUGGCGAAACGUGGUUCGAAUCUGUCGUCACGACUACAGCGAACUUCUACGAGGGCGACAUGACUGUCGGCUUGACUUGCGAGGUAGAAAUGGCCACUCGAGCAAAGCCAACUUGUACCUACUCCAUGGGUGGCAAGGCUCCUUUCUCGUCAUACUGUGAGGAUUACAGCACGUAUACUGAAGUGUACACGACGACCCAACUGUACACAUAUCGUACUGGUGUAAGGACGUAUAUUCAAACAUACGAUGAGAGCGAAUACAUCCCUUCAUUCUGCUUAACGGGGUCUACGCUUCCUAAGAGCAUUGCAAUACAGACAAUCGCGCUGUCAAGGAGCAUGAUUGGAACGUAUCAGCUGGUCAUCACUGCUGGCCAAGAGAAGCUGGCUGCGACGACUGGCGCCACUCCUACCGUCUCUGGUGCUCAAAUUACCGGUUUGAGCACCGCCACUAGCUCCAGCACCAGUGCUGUAAACACUGGCGCUGCCAGCUCUCCCAAUGGAACUGCCUCUGCUCCCCCACUUGGAACUGGUGCCGCGGCAUCGAUUAUGACGAUGGCACCUGCGCUAGCAGGAUUGGGCGCUGCUAUUGCGGUAUUCCUGUGAUGGAAAUGAGGGAUGGCAUUGGUGUAAACAUUUUUCGUCGAACAGCUUUUCACAGAAGAGUGUCAUAAUAUCCAAGCAUAAAAGCCGGAGUCAGGGACGGUCGCAUGUUUUACAUUUCCUCUCCGUGGGGUUGUAGCGCGACCACGACACGUGUGAUACCCGAAUCGAGGGAGAUAAUCAUAAUGAAGAUAGUAAUUCCACUAGCCUGUCCUUACUAUGGGGUCCGUGAUAUGCGCUCCUUUUCAACUUAGGCUUCCAUAUUUCGCUCCUAAAUAUGGCAAGGUGAAGUGGGCGAAGGAUCGCGUAAUUAGAGUUGGAAGCCAGAUACAAGUAUUACUAUUGCACACUAGGGCUUGUAAGGCUUCCAUCGGUCUGAAAUAUGGGAACGGCGUGAUUCUGUAAUGCUGCGCCUCAUCACC